GCAAAACCUUCGAUGUUUGCUGAUGAUACUAAUAUCUCCGCAUCUGCGGAAUCCGUAGAUGAAUUGGAGGGAAAAUUGAACACCGAUCUUAGUAAUAUCUAUCAAUGGCUAGUGGCAAACAAAUUAACACUUAACUUUUGUAAAACAGAAUAUAUGAUUAUUGGCUCUCAAAAUAAUCUAAGUAAGAUUAAUGUGGAUCCGACAAUUAAAAUUGGCGGCGAAUCAAUUAAUAGAGUUAAAACAACAAAAAGUCUUGGCGUGGUCAUUGACGAUAAGUUGAAAUGGGCGGACCACAUUGACAGCAUCAGCAAAAAAGUUUCAAGCGGAAUAGGAGCGAUAAAAUUGGGCAGCCAUAUUUUGACUAUUGCUUUCUAG